GUUCCAUGAUAGGCACAACUUGGUUGAAACCCUUUUACUGAAUGGUGACGCUGCUAUGACUGUGACGAGAAAUAGAGAUGAUGGUUUCGACUGGUCACACAACUGUUGUUUCUGAGAUUUGAUUGAUUAGAGAAAUGGCGUCCACAGCGAGGAAGCAAGAGACGAGUUCGAAAUGCUUCUCUAAUGGGACUGACUCCACUUUAUUAUCAGAGAAUUGAAGCAAGAGGGUGAACGAAUGACGGAAAAGUUGGAAGAGAGAAUCUCAAUCAACCUCUUCAACAGAAACUACACACAAAGGAAAGUCAUCACUAACUUCUCUCCUAAAAGACAGCUACAGCGGCCUACUUUCAAAACCAUGGCUUCUUCAACACAAGUAGCUGAUGCAACAGCCAAACAAGACAAAAUCACUGCCCCUUACGGCUCAUGGAAGUCCCCAAUCACCGCAGACGUCGUCUCUGGCGCUUCCAAACGACUCGGCGGAAUCGCCGUUGACGACCACGGUCACCUCUUCUGGGUCGAAUCCCGCCCCUCUGAAUCUGGGCGAGCGGUUCUUGUGAGAGAAGCCGACAAACCGGGAGAAGAACCCACCGAUAUUACACCGAAAGAAUUUGCUGUGAGAACAACGGCUCAAGAGUAUGGUGGCGGCGCAUUCACGAUAUCAGCAGAUACUGUCAUUUACUCUAAUUACAAGGAUCAGCGGCUUUACAAGCAGUCUAUCAAAUCCAAAGUCCAUGCAGUAGAUUCUUCUCCUGUGCCGCUUACACCGGACUAUGGCGGUCCCGUGGUUUCUUAUGCUGACGGGGUCUUUGAUUUGCGCUUCAAUCGUUUUGUUACUGUGAUGGAAGAUCGUCGCGUCAGUAGUACAAAUUCAACCACAACAAUUGUUGCUGUAGGCCUUAGUGACAAGAGUAUCCAAGAGCCAAAAGUAUUAGUAAGUGGCAAUGAUUUCUAUGCAUUCCCACGCAUAGACCCCAAAGGCGAACGGAUAGCGUGGAUAGAAUGGGGCCACCCUAAUAUGCCAUGGGAUAAAACAGAGCUCUGGGUCGGCUAUAUUUCUGAAAAUGGAGAUGUUCACAAUCGCAUUUGUGUUGCUGGUUGUGAUCCUACCCUUGUGGAGUCUCCAACUGAGCCCAAGUGGUCCUCCAAAGGUGAACUAUUUUUCAUCACUGAUAGAAAAAGUGGAUUUUGGAAUCUAUAUAAAUGGAUUGAAUCUGUCAAUGAGGUGCAAGCAAUUUAUUCCCUGGAUGCUGAGUUCUCGACGCCAUUGUGGAUUUUUGGCAUCAAUUCCUAUGAGCUUAUUCAGAACAAUGAAGGAAAGAACUUAAUAGCUUGCUCUUACAGGCAGAAUGGAAGAUCAUUUCUUGGUAUUCUGGAUGAUGUUCAAAGCUCAUUAUCUCUACUUGAUAUUCCUUUCACGGACAUCAAUCAUAUGACUUCAUGGAACCGUUGCUUAUAUGUUGAGGGAGCAUCUGCAAUUCAUCCAUCAUCAGUGGCUAAGGUGAACUUAGAUGACUAUGGAUCCAAAGUUGUUGAUUUCAAGAUUAUUUGGUCAUCUUCACCUGAUAGUUUGAAGUACAAGUCAUACUUCAGCUUGCCUGAGUUAAUUGAAUUCCCAACAGAAGUUCCUGGUCAAAAUGCCUAUGCAUAUUUUUAUCCACCUUCAAAUCCCAUUUACCAAGCUAGUCAAGAAGAAAAGCCUCCAUUAUUGUUGAAAAGCCAUGGAGGGCCUACAAGCGAGACACGUGGAAUCUUAAACUUGAGCAUCCAGUACUGGACCAGUCGUGGUUGGGCAUUUGUGGACGUGAAUUACGGUGGAAGCACUGGUUAUGGUAGAGAAUAUAGAGAACGCUUGUUGAAUAAAUGGGGAAUUGUGGAUGUCAAUGACUGUUGCAGUUGUGGUAAAUUUUUGGUGGACAAUGGAAAGGUAGACAGUGAACGGCUAUGUAUAACUGGAGGUUCUGCUGGUGGCUAUACAACCUUAGCUGCUCUUGCUUUUAAAGAAACAUUUAAAGCUGGAGCUUCCUUAUAUGGUGUGGCUGACUUGAGCAUGUUGAGAGCAGAAACUCACAAAUUUGAGUCUCAUUACAUUGAUAAUCUUGUUGGUACUGAAGAGGAUUACUUUGAGAGGUCUCCUAUCAAUUUUGUUGAUAGGUUUUCUUGCCCCAUCAUUCUAUUCCAAGGAUUGGAAGACAAGGUUGUGCCCCCUGAUCAGGCUCGUAAAAUCUACCUGGCAUUGAAGAAAAAAGGUUUGCCAGUAGCUCUUGUGGAGUAUGAAGGAGAGCAGCAUGGUUUCCGGAAGGCCGAGAACAUUAAGUUUACACUGGAACAACAGAUGCUGUUUUUUGCCCGCUUGGUUGGACGCUUUACCGUGGCAGAUGAGAUUGAUCCAAUUAGGAUUGAUAACCUUGACUAAACAUAUGGAACUUUGUGGACUCUUGUCAGUGGACAACACUAAAAUGAGCUUGAAGGUUGGAAGCCCAUGGAAUAUGACGAGCAUAUGGAGUACCUUCCUCCACUUUGGUACUGAAAUGGGAACAUCAAAAAAUGACUUCUUAUUUGCUCUUCCCCUUUACUCCUCCAUACAUCAGUUGUAUUUCAUAUAUAUCGGAACAUGCACCUGUAAACCCUUUGAUUUCAUAUGAUGUCUCUCUGCUUCAGUUCUCUGAAGACAAUAGAAAGACUAGUUACGAA